AUGGCUUGGAGAAACGUUAAAAAGUUGGGAAAUCUUAUCAUUAAUGAUUCUCGGUCUUCCUCAAAAAUCGUUAACUCUCAAAAUACUGUCGCAUCUUCACAUAACUCUUUAACUAAUGAUAACCAUAUGGUUUCUUCCUCAAAUGUUCAAAAUUCUACUUGCGCUGUCUAUAGUUGCGGUACGCGUUCGAAUUUAACCGAUAUUUAUAGCGAAUUACGCGAUGCGAGUGAGUUGCUUUAUCUUCAACUACCCGAAGAUGUUAAAUUAGUUUUGGAUAGGCUUCGAAAUUUACAGCGUGCUGAAAAUUCUGUCUUAUUUUAUGAUAAAUUGCCGAAUGGUGAAUGUCAGUGUCCGUUCGUAACGUUAGAGUCUGCCUUGAUGUCUGUAUUAAUAUUGGCUCCUACUUUAUUGUUGGAAGAGGCCCUUUCUGUAAUACAUGAAAAUGUGGAAUGCCAUUAUACUGAUCGUUCUGAUCAACCUCUGCAUUCUCAUUAUUAUGCCCGUCUUUCGCAUUCUUCUAUUUCAACUCUUCAUUCUGAAUUAUCUGAAACUUCUUCAAAGCAUUCCUCGUUAGUAAAAGUUUUGAGUGCUUCUAGCCUCUUGACUAAAACAAUUGGUUCUAUAUUAUCUCAUCAUAAUGAUGUCUUAAUGAAUUCAUUUACCGAUUCUAUAUCCUUGGAUAAUUUUCGUCUGCUAUGUGCACGUGUGUCUAAGGAGGCAAAAGAACUAGCAAAGCAGAUAAAAAGAAUUACCACCCAAGGGAAAACAGAUGUCUUGGUAGAAUAUGGUCAGACCGUUUAUAACGAAUUAGUAUCUCAUGCAAAUAAUUUGGUGGAAUCAUUAGACCUGUUUGUAAAUUUUGUUCAUCUUCAUCUUCCACAAAUUUAUGAAGAGUCAUCAGAAUUGAAUUCAACUUCGGUGAAUGCACAAUCAAAAGAGUCUUUGGCAACUGAAGAACAAAAAUAUAAAAGGCGACGUUCAGAUGCAAAGCAAUCAUUAAGUGACCUGAACAUGAUGGCUGAUAGUUCGGAUCGUUUAAGUGGGCACAGCAGUAUAUUAUCUGAAGGAGGGCAGUCUCCUUUAAAUGUCAGCUUUUCAGCCUCUCUUUGGCGAUCGCGAAAUGAUAGUAAUGAUUCUGACUUAUCCACUGCUUCCGCGGCUACUGCGCCGAUAAUGUAUACCAAAGAAAGAAAAAUUACGUUCUCAGAAAGUUCCUUGCACAAACCUCAUUUUCACAACCAUAUAUCUCCACAGUCAAAUAAUCGUCUUCAUCGCAAGAAUAUGGAUCUUUCUAUUGAUACUUCAUCUAGAAAUGGUCUCUCGCAUUUUGAUUCUCCCCCAAAUACUCCAAAUACUCUGAAUAGUAACCUUAGUAUCUCAUUGAAUCGUCGAAAUCGCGAUAGCUAUUUACACUUUAAUAAUGAACCAGUAUCGCCUUCAUUAUCUAAUUCGAGUAAAGGCUCUAAAUUUAAAGAAAUGCUGGAUGAAUCUCCGUCUAAAAUGUCUUUAGGAUAUAGCAUUGAUCAAAAUACAAAAAAACAUCGUAUUAGAACCCAAUCAUUUAUAUCUAGAUUUAUGCCCAAUAGUAGUCGUCUGUCAAGUUCCCCCCCUUUAUCACCUAUAUCAACUCAUUCUCUCUGUACUCCUUCGAACAAGAUUUCAACAAAAUCUUCUUUAUCUAUAGGAAAUAGACACAAAAGCAAAGAAAAUUUGACUGAUUCUGAAAGAGAAAAUUCUCCAAGACCUCGUCGUGUUUCAAAUUCAACCAUAAAAUCUUAUUUUCUUAAACAUAUUCAUCUACCUUCUCGUAAAGGUAAAGUUUCCGAGAAUAUCGCUCGAACUACGAGUUAUUGGCCAGUAACUGAGGAUCCUUUAGUCUCUGAAUCUUCAACGAACAAAAGUUCCAAUCGUUUUUUCAGAGCUCCAUCUUUAUCCGGUAAACGCCCUAAACUACAUAAAAUUAGCAGUGACACUGAUUUGAGAA